GCGUUUAUAGUCGGGUCUUAUUUACUCUUAUUUCCUUCUAAAGCCCGAGAGACCCCGAUUUCCCCCCACGGCAGCCGAAUUUCCCACCGUAUCUCGGGGACAUCGACCUCCAACCGUCCCAAACGGACACGGGAGAGGCAGGAAUCGGCGACCUUCAAGAGGGAGGAUCCUCAAAACGCCGAGGAAUCGAUCGUGGGAGUGGCGCGGCUCUCGGCACAAGCGGCUCGGAGGCGGGGCUCUAUUUUACUCAUUUUUACUCAUAUUUACUCAUUAUUAUCCACUCCCUCAACUCCUAAAUUCAUCCUUUGCUAUCUGUGACGUCUGUUGGAUAUUCAAUUACAAGAAGCUUAUUAUGAGGAGAAUGUAAUACGGGCAACGAGGUGAAAGGCAAGAUGUGUGGAGGUGGUGUGGUGAGCGCUCGAGGUCCCCGCCCCCCUCAGCAGCUGCCGCCGCGCCCUCUCUGCCUCCAUCGCCGCCGCCGCCGCCCCCAGUAACCCAUAGCAUCAUGACCACUGCCUAGACCCUCCCCCCCUUCUUUUUUUUUUCUUUUCCACAACCCCCCCACAUCACCACCCCAUAGCUGGCUUUCUCCUCCUUUCCCCUCCUCCUCCCCUCGUCCACAGCCCUUUCCCCCCACUAGACCUCUUGGUAACUUUAUACUCGACCUGCUAAUGACCUACUGUUGCUCUACUAUACAAAGUUUGCACGUUUUUCUCAUACAUCCAUUAUCUAUAUAUAUAUACACAUAUAUAUAUAUACAUACAUAAAAGGCUCAGGAAAAGAAGUAACCAGUUUGUACAAUUAACAAUCAUAACUUUGCAAAGGCCUUCAUUACUUGGUAGUCUUUUGGUUUUUGAUGAUAAUACCCCCUUUCUCUUUACCCACACACACCCCCUUGUCAGAAUCCACUGGGAAGGUUGUGCUACAUCGUCGCUUGUAGCCUUGUCCUUUUUGUUAUUAAUAAGGCCCCUUUGGUGGUUUCAGCAAAGAGUGGAGCUUUUGACUCUCCCUAGCCACAGAAAGAGCACUCUCUCGUCUAGAGCCUGUGUUCUAAGGCUCUAGAUUGAGAACUUUACCCAUCAUCUCAUCAUGCCCAAACUCUAAGAAUAUACAUUUUCUUUUUUCUUUUUUUCUUUUUUUUCCUUCCUUCCUUCGAAUUUAAUUUUGGGGAUAUUUACUCCUUUUUGGCCUUUGAUUUACUGCCACCUCUGUCCCCUAACGCCCACAAGUGCAUCUACUUUGCUUGAUUUCCCUCUGUCUCAUAAUACCGUUUUUGAUAAUUGUGUUUUAGUGGUUCCUAAAUUCCAAAUCCUUACACCUCAUUUACCAUUUACACUAGUAAGCUCCAACCCCUCCCCACCCAAAAAACCCGCCUAUAUGUGAUAUCAUUUUGAUGACGACAUGAUAACGACAAAAAUUAUCCAAGACCCAGCACUGUUUAAGUUGUUAUGAAGCUUGUACGGUGUGAGUGGGCGCCAUCACUGGUGGUGGAGUGGCUGUGUGGGGAACUGGAGGAGCGUGGCAUCCCAGGACCCACUUAUGCGCACACCCUCCUCUCCCUCCUCCACCACCACUACUGUCCCCAUCCUGCCCCUACGACACCCAUCUCUGCUUCCACCUGCUCGCCCAUCGGCACGGGCAACUACCAGCACCCCCUCUCUCGGCGCCACCUGGAUGACUUUGACCUGCGCGACCUGGACCUGGACGAUCUCCUAGGGCACACCGCGCACCCUGACGCUGAUCUUCCUGACUUUGCUACGUUUUCAACACAGCAGCGUGGAGGAAGUCGUCGUGCUCGAAAGCGUUACAAGGUUCGCCAGAAACAGCGUAUUCUGACCUCAGAGCAACUGCAGAAGGUGGCAGCCCUUCAGUGCCUCAUGUCUGCUUCUGAUGAGCGAUAUGAUCUAGAGAGCCUCAUAGAAGAACUCUGUGUACGCCUUAAGACUGCUGCAGAAAACGAGCACAACGUGACUAACAGCACCACCCCUUGUAAUAAUAAAUCCAUAGCACGGAAAGGAGGAUCACAAGAGAGCAUUAAUGACACUGAUGACUCGGCAUCAACAUCAACGCCGGAAGAACAAGCUGAGAAGUAUUAUGCAGCCUUUCCACCCCUAAGUAAAAACUGUAAAGAGAAUUGCAAAGAGAACUGCAUCCACGAGAAGCAAUGGCAGCCAGGAAAGGCACUAUGUUCAUGUGUUUGGGAGAACCAGAAGCCUUCAUUUUCCUCGAGUCGUGAAACCCUAAAGCUGAGCAGUAGUAAGAUGCCUCGCUCUCACCGCAAGAAAGGUCGUGAGAAGAAGGAGAAGAAAGAAGUGGAGGCCAAGUUUGAUGUGCCCGAGGGUCACGAGGGCAGCAGGAGACAUCACCAUGUGUCAUUCACAUGGCAUGCGGCCUCCAAGCACCGCGAUUCCAAGUUGAGCGAGAGCUACGACACAGAUAGUGCCUCGGAGCAUGAGCGCAGCGGCGAGAGGAGGAGGAAGAAGUUCCUGGGCCCUCUCUUGGACGAGGACAUUGGGGAAGGCUACAUUGGAGACACAAGUUCACGUGAGAGUUCUGAAGACCGAGACAAGGGUGAGCAGGAUCAGGAAAAGGGGAAAGGAGACAAAAGUGAUAAGAAUUAUGGAUCAGCUGUGCAGGAGAAGAACAGGGCAAGCCAGGAAGAAUGGGAGUGCAUGGGGGACUUGCUAAUGGAGGCAAAUCAACACGAGAGUGGUGUGCCACCAACGAGCGGAGGUGGCCGUCUCUUUGAGCGUGGAAGCACCUCAGGGGGCACCAGUGGCUCCAGUAGCGAUGUUGAGACAUAUCCCUAUGCAGAAGUAGACCAGGAGGCUGAAAGUGUGCGGCAGUUAGAGAGGAAAAUUUCAGAUACGGUGGCACAGGUGUGGGGCCAGGCAAGUGAACAUCUAAGUCAUGGUCAAGGAGAACACGUAUGGGAUCCCCCUUCUAUGGAGGAACUGACUCUCUACACUGCUAUAUGUGGCUUGAGCUUCCCUGACCCACAUGGGACCCAAGACUUGGCUGCCAUAGAGCAGAUACCAUGCAGUGAAACUGUCCAUGCAUCUUUGAUAUCAAAUAUCGAAGGAUGGCAGCAGAGUCAGUCCUGGCAAGCCCUUGAUCUCAUCACCCAAACUGACCCUCUCCUGUGUAACAUUAGUUGCCAAAGCCCACAGGAGAGUCACAAGGUUGAUGCUGGAAAGGAUGCCAGUGCCCUCAUUCACCUGACCAGUAGCCUAGAAAAGUCCAUUUGGUCUGACUGUAAUGCCAACAAUAUCUCUGGCAGUGAAGGCACCUUGUCAGCUUGCAUAGAGGACCCUCACCUCAGCAACAUUUUAGAAAGUAGAAAAAGCGACAGCUGCCACACAACUGAGGAGCUGGAGAAUAAAUUAUGCGAGUCAUUCAUGAAGCUAGGCUUGGAAAAUCUAUGGGAAAAUACUCUAGGCCUGGAAGGUGUGUUUGAGGACCCUAGUGUAAAUAAUUGUACCUUAGAAUAUAUAUCUGAAAAUAAUAGUGGCGAAGGAGUUCGGACAGAUUCAGAACAUGAGAAGAUGAUGGCCCUUGUGGAAGAUGUUUGUAAAAGUUAUGAGUCACAAGAAGAAAGCGCUAUGGAUAGCUCGCUGCUGAAGCAGCUGCCAUCUGGUCCAACAGGGCCUCAGGCUGAUCUGCAUCACACUGAAAGCAGUGGGUUCUCCAUGGUGGUUCCUCGUGGCAAAAGCACAGAACUUGGGGCCCCUCCUGACCCCCUUAACGAAAGUAUGUUGUUGGGCCAUAGCCAUGCUGGACACCUUGGGAGUAUGGACACUUUACCUCUCGGCCAGGAUGAGGAAAACCUGCUCACUUCUCCUCGAACACACUUCAGGCCCAUCCGUCAGGAAAGCAUUGGGAGCACAGCUGACGACCACUAUGAGGACGGGACGAUGUUUAUCAUCAACUCAGAGCGGCCAGAUCUGCCCUUCCAGAGGACAAGCAGUGGGGCCUUAUUCCUGGAGAGCGACCUUCUUGAAGGUUCACCCAAGAAGUACAUGGUGUACAAGGAACCUGUGCCUAAGGUUGCUCCACCAGACGAGGAGGAAGAACUCGUAUCCCAUAACCCCUAUCCAGCUGUUGCAUUAAUACCUAAAUUCAAAGUAGUCAAUAAUGAGAAGUUCUGCCAAACAGAGACAGCAACUGCCACCACUAAUGGGAGGCCCUCCACCAUCAAUGAGAAGCGGGCAUCAUAUGAAACAGGUGGAAUCAUUGAGGGCUUUGGCCACAGCCAGGAUGAGGAGCCAGAUGUGUUUGAGUUCCAACACCAGGACUUCCCAGAUAACAAAAAUUUGGCACAAAUUUGGAAGAAUGAGAUCCAGACAUCAGAAACUUCCUUCCCAAGAAAUAUAUGGCAUAUCAACACAGACUGCGAUAGAGGAGACGGAUGGCCCCAUUUGCAAGAGCUGGAGGGAGCUGGCCUCUCUAGCAGUGCCUGGCUAAGCAGGGGAGGGGAAGGUGGCGCUAUAGGCUGGAGCAGUGAGGGUCACUUUGAGACCCCUGCUGAAGUGAUGAUGAAUCAGAGGUCGGAGGCACUAGCUUCUCUCUGGCAUUGCGACAGCCCUUCUGCUUCCCCAUCCUUCCCUGCAUCAAUCCCUAAUCUUCAAGCUCUUUGGACAGAUGCAAAUCCACAUGCUAUAGAUAAUACUGAUCCAGAUACGGGCAGAUCUAAAAUGUAUAUUAUAACGAAUCCAACAACUCAUAUUCCUGAAAACUGCAGUGUCAUGUCUUCUCUAGCAGAAGUCAGUCCUUGGAAACCUGGAAGCACAUGUAGUAUGGAAAGCAGUGUGAAAAAUAGAAGGGACCAGCUUUGGGCAGAGAAGUCAUUGUCAAGCCAUCAUCGUACUCUACUUCAAGAAGUCAGUUUUAGUAAAAGGAGUGAUGAUGCAAGCAGCAGUAAUAAUAUAGAUAUCCCAGGGGUUUGUCCAGAGUUAAGGUUAGAAGUUGACCAAGAGGCAGAUGAACUCUUGGGAGCAGUUCAUGCUCAGACCUCAAGCAACCUCUCUCACUGCCAAACCCAUCUACCUAGUGGCCGCUCCCUGCUACCAGACCACCAUUCACCCCGUCCCCUGCAUGAACGGCUAAAAAAAUGUAGUUCAGGAAAUCCUGUGAGCAAGACUACACCUUCUGUUAUUCCCGAUUAUAAGUUUAAGGGGGAAGACCUUGAGCGAGAGGACCUGGAUGAUUUGGCUCCAGGAUGGGAGCUCAAUGAUGGCUUUGAGUGGGAACCCCAGACCUCUGGAGACCCUGAUGACGAGGAGUGUCCAGAUGGAUUAGGGGAUGAUGAUGACGGGGAAAGUGGAGAGGUUCUCUUGUACGAGACAGAGGAUGGCACAACGUACACCAUCCCUGUGGAGUACCUGGAUGACACCCUCUAUGACCAGAUAUUUGGUGCCACGGAACCUGCCACUCAGCGCCUUGGAGGGUCCCUGCCUGAUUUGCCAUCAGGCCACCCCACUGCUAUACGUUUCUCUAGUGAAUUAGAAGACGAGUGGAAAAAGAGUGGUAUUCCUUAUAAGGUCCAAUUACCACGAAAGCCAAGGCCAGGGAGGUGGAUACCCCCUUCUCGGCGGCCCUGUACCUUCUUUAUGGAAGGGAGCUGUCGUCGCAGUGACUGCAAAUUCUCUCACGACCUGUCGUCCAUUACCUGCAGGUUCUGGGAAGAGGGCUCUUGCCUGAAGGGCAUCACCUGCCCCUUCCUGCACGGCUACCCCCUACGUAGACGGCGCAACAAGAGUGAAGGUGCAGUACACAGCGAAGUGGACAGAGCCGAGCACCAUAGUUCCUCCUUUGAAAUAGACUCCGAGAUGGACUUUCCUACCCUCGGGUCAUCCUGUGAGAGUAAGCCAGGAUGUGCUGAUGAGCGCAUUCACCUGGCACCUAGCAUAGGCAGCAGCAGUAGUAGUCAACACAUUACCAGGAAAAAGAAACGGAAGUUUAUCACGAUAACAAAGAAUGUUCUAGGAGAGGUUAAAAGUGCAGAAGCUGAGCGGGCUAUUCGGCGUCGAGCUGCACUGAGGAGAGAGAGACGCCGGCGCCACACGGACACAACCACCGCCAACACUGAGCUGCACACUGCUGCGCCAAACAGCGAUGCGCCUCCGCCAGUACAGCACAACCCGAACACCCUCAGAAAAGCCGAGCGCCACCGUGCCUCUGCCUCGGGCCAUGAAGACGGCACUGUGUCGGAUUAUUGACAGUGUGUCGCCUAGUCGGGAUUAUACAAUGUGUUGUUCUUUUCUUUUUUUAUUUAUUUUUUUCUUUUUCUUUUUUCCUUUUUCUACUUUGAUCUCUCUCUCUCACUCAACCAACAAGGCAGCGUGUGUGAAGUGGGAUGUUUUUUGGCGACAUCGUGUUUCUGCCUGCAGUUGUACGGAACACCUGGGGCCAAACUGCUCAAGAACAUUUUAGCAUGUUGAAAAAUAGUUCAGACAUUUGUUUAGCAGUUGUGCUGUCUGCACGGAACUGUGGCAGCACUCAAAUCAGUUCUUGACACUCUUGCAAGAAGAUAAUGCCAUUUAUGGAGCAACGAGUUCCAACAAUUUUUUAUUAUUAUUAUUAUUAUUGUUAUUAUUGUUAUUAUCAUUAUCAUCAUUAUUAUUAUCAUUAUCAUUGUUAUAAUUGUUAUCAGCAGUAUUAUUAUUAUGAUAUGAAAAAAUAAUUCAUAAAAGGAAAUGUUAUUGUCAUUGUGAGCAUACAUAAGAAAGAAUAUGAAUCAUAUGAGUUUUGUAAGUCUGGAAACUUAUAUAGCAAGGCACGAUUUUUCUUUUUUUCUUUUUUUUCUUCUAUUUUUUUUUUUUUUUUUACUUUUUUUUUUCGUUUUCAUUUUGAGGAUUAUCAUUUUGUACGAUUUUGUAAUUGUCUACACUUUACUUCUGAUUUACCUAUUGGUAUGUUUGAAUAUGUAUUUUGUGGUGUUUAUAUGAGUAAAACCAUUUUUUUUAAACCAAGCCCUCUUGCAGUAGGUAGUGAUAAGUUGCUACAUUUCAGGGAUUCUGUACUACUUUUGUGAAGAACAAGUGAGCAACAUGUUGAAGGUCAUUGAAUUCCACUGUACUAUGCACAACAUUAAACACAACAAAGUACUUGCUUCAAUGUUGAACUUACCAUAACCUUCACUGCUUGUGGCCUGUUUUAAAAAAAAGUCAGACGAUAUAUCCUUUAGUUAGCAGAAAGGACAAAAUCAUAAAGUCAAACAUUUUAUACACCCUUUUCAAUAGUGUUGUUCCAAUACUUGUUGUGAACAGUAGAUAGCGAUCCAAACCUUUUUUUCCCAUUGGCCCAUUUUUGUACAGCUUUUUGUACAUUUUCUUUUCAAAGCUCCCUUACUUGUGGCCAGUACAACAGACCCUUCUGGUAAAUUUUAUCCAGUCCACUGAUUUUUUGUUAGGUCGGAUAUUUGCACUAGUUCCUGUAAUCCAGGUUUGCAGCAGCAGCGCUUGAAAGAGAAGGAGCGGAAACUAUGUGAAGGCUGCAGUGCAUAUUUAUUAUUAUUCUUAUCAUUAUAAUUAUUAUUGUUAUCAUUAUCAUUAUUAUUAUUAUUAAUAAUACCAUCAUCAUUAGGUAAAAUCAUUGUUAUUAUUACUAUUGUCAUGAUUAUUAACAUCAUCAUCAUCCAAGAAAGUUUUUUUUUUAUUAAUUUGUUUUUCAUUUUAUUUUUUUGAUAACAUUAACUUUACUUUUUGAAAAAUUCUUACUUUACCAAUGUGAAUAAUUGUCAUAGAAAUAUGUAAAGAAAAUCUCCUCCAAAAGCAACACAGCACAUACAUAUGUGGGUGUUUGUACAUUCAGUUUAAUUCUCGUGCUGUAGAUAGAGGAGUUACAGCAAGAGAAAAAAAGACCCUAGUGGUUCCCCAAUGGUGAACAGAGCAUUAGUCAUGUGGCUGGCUCUGCUCAAACAUUCAUGCGCUAGUGCAUGUCCUAUCUUUAUGCUCUCGUGUGUCUAUCCACACUUCCCAGCCUCUUGCUAGUGCGCUGUGGUUGAUAAGUAGAAACAAGAGAGUAGUUAGGUCAUGAGCAUAAUGUGUAUGAAGCUCCCUGUCACAUAGAGUUAGAGAUUUAGGUCUAACUCUUGACAGUUCCAGCUCAACAUUUAAAAUGUGGAGUUGUUGAUGCAGAAGCAUGGGCUCAGGCGAUCAUGUCCCCUGCUUAUGCAUACGUUGGGCUCAUUGUGUACUGAUUUGCAUGUGAAAUCUGUUUUGUGGCACGGUAAAGGACUUUCAGCCAUCAUGGCGGAGAAAACGAGGCCACUGUAAAUAGACUUGAAGACUUGCUCUCAAGCGAGGACUAGAGUUGGCUCGGUGUAUGAUGAGUGCCACAUUAGGAGAACAGUGACGUGCCAAUCCCUGAGUGAUAGCUUGGUAGGUCCUCAGCGAUACCCAACCAUCACUCAGCUGCCUGUGGGCCUCACAACAUGAUCCCUGUUCUCUCUUGUUUUUCUACUGUAUUAGGAUGUUACUUUAAACCAGGAGUGUGUGAGUGUGAGGAGGUUGCUGAAUAAGCCUUCACAAGUUCUUUUGUUAUUUCUGAGUAACAUCACGUUGGCAAAGAUACUCCUUCUAGUCAAGCAACCCAAAGUGUUAUUAGUUCUUUUGAGUUAACUUUCUAAAUCUGUGAGGUCACAAACUUCUGUUUUAAGAGAAAUUAGGAUUCUUUUGCAGUACAUCUGCAAAACUGAUCAGUAGACUCAUGUUUUAAGUUUGUGGAAUCUCACAUGUGUGAGUAUGAUAAACAUGUAUUUUAUGGCAUUUUUUGUCCUUUUAACAAGAAGCAAUAAUGUAAUAAGAUGAAAAUAAAGAGAGAACACGAAGA